AUGUCCGGCACAAGACCGGCGGCCGAUACCUCCUCUUUCAUGAAUUCACAUCUAUGCAUCGUCGCAAGACGAAUAUCGCGAACCAGCAAUCCCCGAGUUGCCGCUACAAGACUUGUCACCACAGCCACCUCAAGCUCCAACGUGUCCGUCCCGGUCGUCCCCGUUCACGCGUGCCCGGACACGCCCCGCGCUCGCCAGCAACGGCGGCCAUUCUCCAGCACCGACACUCCUCGCAACGCCGCAGCGGCACCCCUAUCUCCCAAACCGCCUUGCAAGAUGACCAAGGACGGCAGCGACGAGCUCCCGUUGCCGCGGCCGAGCGCCUCGGUCGUGCUGCUGUCGCCCUCCAACGAGAUCCUGCUGCUGCACCGCGUCAAGACGUCGUCGUCGUUUGCGUCGGCGCACGUGUUCCCUGGCGGCAACGUCGACCCGUACCAUGACGGCGAGGUGCCGCCCGAGGGCCACCCGGACAAGCACCGCGACGGGCCGGCGUACCGCUUGUGCGCCGUCCGUGAGACGUUUGAGGAAUCGGGCAUCCUGCUGGCCAAGAAGGACGGCCAGCUGGUGCAGAUGCCGGAAAAGGAGCGCGAGGAGGCGCGCAAGCUGAUUCACGCGCGCAAAAUCAAGUUUGGCGACUGGCUCCAGUCCAUUGGUGCCACCGCAGACACAGAGUCCCUCAUCCCCUACACGCGCUGGCUGACGCCGGUGACGGUGCCGAAGCGCUUCACGACGCAAAUGUACCUCUACCUGCUGCCGCUGACGCGGCACGACGUGGCGACCAAGACGGUGAUCCCGACGGCGGACGGGGGCGUCGAGCACACGGCGGCGCUGUUCGCGUCGCCGCAGGCGUGGCUCAAGCAGGCGGACCAGGGCGCCAUCAUCCUGUUCCCGCCGCAGUACUUCAUUCUCGACACGGUGGGGCGGCACGUGGGCGGCGGCCGGCCGGGCUCGCUCGAGGAGGAGUCGCGGCGGUUCAUGCAGCAGCGGCGGAAGCUGCUCCGGUUCGUCAGGGAGGUGCCGACGGCGACGACGGCGCUCGGCCGCGCGCACCCGUCGGCGGCGGUGGCCUGGGCUGACAAGGUCAUCAGCCCGGUGCCGCUGUACAUGCGCCCGGGCGACGGCCGCGCCGUGCUGUCGCUCAGCUACCCCGGGCCGGAGCUUGAGGGCUCGGACCGCGUCGGCGACUUUGAGCGCGUCGUGCUGACUAGGUUCGGCAAGAAGGGGCCGACGGGCGUCGAGGUCCGCCUGCGCGAGGAGGUGCUCGACGAGGAUGCGCAGCCCAAGGAGGGCCGGCUGGAGAAGCUGUGA